AGAUUUAAGCUUUAUGAUUCAAACUGUUUAGUUUUCCCUGAAGGUGGAAGAAUGUUGUAAAAGAAGACGCGGUUCUCUAGUUAGUCCAGUUUUCUCUUCAGGUCUCCUUUUUCCACAGCGGAGAACAUGGCGGCGGAAUCCGUUAAAGUGUGUGUCCGGGUCCGGCCUGUUGUUGAGAGGGAAGAAACAGCUGCUUCAGAAAACGGACAGCCUGUCCAGCUGUUUUGGAAAACAGAUAAGAAAUCAGUUUGUCAGAUUGAUGAUGGAAAUUCCAGCAAGUGCUUCAGCUUUGACAGAGUGUUUACAGCUAAAGAAUCCACCAGCCAGCUUUACCAGGAGAUCGCAAAGCCCCUGGUUGUUUCCACUGUUCAAGGUUACAAUGGAACCAUAUUUGCGUACGGUCAGACCUCUUCAGGGAAGACCUUCACCAUGAUGGGCUGUGAUAGCAAUCCUGGAGUCAUUCCUUUGGCUGUAGAUGAUGUCUUCCAAACUAUUAAAAAUUUUCCCAAAAAAGAGUUCCUUCUGCGAGUGUCUUACAUGGAGAUCUACAAUGAAACUGUGACUGAUCUGCUGGUGGAUAGCCGGAAGAGAAAGCCUUUGGAAGUUCGGGAAACAAUCAAUAAAACCAUCUACGUGGCCGACCUGACGGAGGAGCUGGUUACUACUUCAAAGCAAGCCCUGGCCUGGAUCAAGAAAGGAGAGAAGAACCGCCAUUAUGGGAAGACUAAGAUGAACCAGCGCAGCAGUCGCUCACACACCAUAUUCCGUAUGAUAUUGGAGAGCAGGGAAAGGAGUGAUCCGGCGUCAGGGGAAAACGCUGAUGGAGCCAUUAUCGUUUCCCAUCUAAACUUGGUGGAUCUAGCUGGAUCAGAAAGAGCCAGCCAAACGGAGACGGAAGGUACUCGUUUUAAAGAAGGCUGUAACAUCAAUCUGAGUUUGUUCACACUUGGACAGGUGAUCAAGAAACUCACAGAUGAAAGCCAGAAGGGUUUUACCAACUACAGAGAUAGCAAACUGACCCGCAUCCUACAGAACUCAUUAGGAGGCAACGCUAAAACCGUCAUCAUCAGCACCAUCACUCCUGUGUGUCUAGAUGAGACCCUCAGCACCCUGCAGUUUGCCAGCACUGCCAAGAAAAUGAAGAAUGAUCCUCAUGUGACGGAGGUAUCAGACGAUGGGGCGUUGCUCAAGAGGUACCGCAAUGAGAUCGUAGACCUUAAACGUCGACUCCAUGAGGUGUCUUCAGUCACUCAGACCACAGCAACAGAGAAAGAGGUUCUGUCUCAGUUGCUCCAAGAAAAAGAGCAGCUCCAGAGAGAACAAGAAGAUCGAAUCAGAAACCUAACUGAGCUGCUGGUCACCGGUUCCAAACUGGUCUAUUUACCAAAGCUCCCUAAACGCAGGAUGACCUGGGGAGGAAAGAUGCUCAAACUUGCCAAUCCCUCUGCCUGUGAUGAUGACGAGGAUGACGACGGCCCGUCUCACAUGAACAUGAGCUUAAGCCGCAAGAGGAAAGCUGAUCGCCUCUCUUCCCUGAAUCAAUCAUCGGAUGAGGACUUCUUUUCCCACUCUGAGAUUCCUGAGGAGCCAUCAGAGGAAAUGGAGAUGAGUCAGAGCUCUGUGACUGUUCGCAGCUCUGGAGGAAGCGACAGAUUCCCACAGUCCUCUGAUCAAACAUGUCAGCUUUCAGCCAAAAUCUCUAAUCUGGAGUUGCAACUUGAAAUUGAAAGUCAACAGAGAGAGGAGGCCGUAAGAAAGGCAGAAAUGAUGGAAGGCCGAGAAGCAGAGCUGCAGCUGCAGACCCAGUCAGAGGCUUUGCAGAAACAACAGGCUGUAGAGAAAAUGCAGGCAACAGAACUGAGGCUAUCUGAAGUGGAGUCGCUGCUGCAGAAUGAAGUCCGAGAGAAGCAAGAGGCUUUGGAGAAGAUGCAGACACUGGAGCAGCAGUUUGAAGAGCUGAAAACGCAGCUGCAAAGUGAAACGGAGCAAAAGAUGGACGCCUUGUGGAAACUGGAAGCAUCAGAGCAGAAUGUUGCUGAGCUGAAGAAGGCUCUGGAAACGGAAGCUGAGAAGAAACUGGAAACCAGUGUCAACAUGGACUCCAGCGGUUCAGACCUUAGCAGCGAGCAGCAGACUUCUGAAUUACAGCAGAUGAGGAAAGACUUUGCAGAGAGCCUUCAGCUGUGUGAAAGCUUGGCCCUAGAGAAGGAAAAAGUGAUUGCUGAGCGAGACUAUCUGAAGAAGGAGCUGGGGAUGUUCCUGGAGCACACUGAGAGUUUAGAAAAGGAGAAGUCUGCUCUCUGUCAGGAGCUGAAAGAGAAGAAGGAGAUGGAUGAGUUCCUCAGUCUGGAAGAUAAAUUCACAAAGGAACAUGAGAAUGAAUUAAAAAAAGAAAUAUCUGCUUUAAAGAGGGAAAUUGAAUCCUAUGAACAUCGAUGCCUGGAUCUGCAGGUGACACUGACUGCCACCAAAGAGAGGUUGGAAGCUAAGGUUAAUGACCUGCAUGUGGAGCUGGAGAAGGAAAGGUCCCGCGAUGCAAAGAUUGAUAACAGUCUAUCAGAAGAGCCCAGUGAUGCAGUGGAUGAUGGAAACCUCGCUGCUCUUCAUGAUGCCACAGUCCCAACAAGGAUCUUGGAAAGUGUGGAACUGGACCGGAGCGUGAGCAGCCUGAAGACGGAGCUGGCUGUGUCUCAGGAAGCAGAGGAAACACUUCAGGAUUCAGUUCAGACUCUGAAAGCUCAGCUGGAAAGCUUGACUCAACAGAUGGCUGAGCUGACUGAGCAGCUGCAGGCUGUGAGAAAGGAAAGAGACGACCUUCAGUCAGGAAAGGCUCAGACUGAACAAGAGGCCGAGCAGCUCAGAGACCUGCUUCAAGCAUUGAAGACAGAAAAUGUGGAAAUUCAGGCAGAACUUGGAAGCAGAGCUCAGAAGGAGAAGGAAUUGAGCCAGCGAUGUUCUGAUGUAACACAGCUGCUGAACACACUGCAGGCAGAGCAGAAGGAAUCCCAGUCUGAAAGGAGUCGGCUUUUAGCGUCUCUAGAAGAAAAGGACUCAGAGCUGAAAGAGAUGGUUGCAGCCCUCCAGUGUGCAGCAGCAGAGAAGGAGGCCCUGCUGCAGGCACAGAGCGCUGGUGCUGAGGUCACUGUGAAGGAUGAUGAUGAUGAAGCAGCUGCAGUUCUUCUAAGGAGCGUUCAGGAAGAGCUUAGAGAACAGAAGCAGAUGAACGAUGACCUGAUGCAAACCUCUGUUCAGAAAGAGGCUGAGAUGCUGAGGCUGUCCCAGGAGCUGCAAGCGGAGCGAGAGCAGAGAGCGGCUUACCAAGGCGCCGUCACUCAGAGCUCCUCAGAGGAGGUGCAGAGGCUGCUCGCUGAGGUCGCCUCUCUUACUGCGGAGAGAGAUCAGCUCAAAGAGGACCUGCAGGAAAACGUAGAGAUGAUGAUAGAGAACCAGGAGCAGCUGAGGACGGUCCUGGAGAAGAACCGCGAGCUGGUGAAGGAGAUCAAACGUCUUCAGUCUGAAAGAAUCAGUAAGCAGGAAGAGCUUCCCAGUGACAUGGGCUCACAGCUGGAGGAAUUACAAAGAAACAUCAAGUCUGUAACUGAGGAGCUGCAGAGCGUGAGAGAGGAGAAAGACCGGGUGCUCUCAGAGAAGGAGUCCCACUGCCAGAAGCUUCAGCUGGAGGUGAUGGCCUUCAGGGAGGAGGGAAAACAGCUGCACGAGGAGCUGAGAGAGGAGAAUAAGAAACUCCACACAGAGCUGGAGGAGCUGAAGGAGGAGAAUACAAAACUCCCCACAGAGCUGGAGGAGCUGAGGGAGGAGAAUAGGAAACUCCACACAGAGCUGGAGGAGCUAAAGGAGGAGAAUACAAAACUCCCCACAGAGCUGGAGGAGCUGAGGGAGGAGAAUAGGAAACUCCACACAGAGCUGGAGGAGCUAAAGGAGGAGAAUACAAAACUCCCCACAGAGCUGGAGGAGCUGAGGGAGAAGAAUACAAAACUCCCCACAGAGCUGGAGGAGCUGAGGGAGAAGAAUAGGAAACUCCACACAGAGCUGGAGGAGCUGAAGGAGGAGAAUACAAAACUCCCCACAGAGCUGGAGGAGCUGAGGGAGGAGAAGACGAAACUCCACACAGAACUGGAGGAGCUAAAGGAGGAGAAUAGGAAACUCCACACCAAACAGGAAGAGAAUAUGAAACUCCACACCGAACCGGAGGAGCUGAAGGAGGAGAAUCAGAAACUCCACACCGAACCGGAGGAGCUGAAGGAGGAGAAUCAGAAACUCCACACCGAACUGGAGGAGCUAAAGGAGGAGAGGAUGAAACUCCACACAGAGCUGGAGGAGCUGAAGGAGGAGAAUCAGAAACUUCACACAGAGCUGGAGGACACAAUCCAAAUGGCGAGCGUCUCGAACGAGGAGCUUGUUCUCACACGAGCAGAAAGAGACCGUCUGCUGAGCGUGAGCGCCGGCCAUCAGUCCUUCACAGAGGAACGUGGAGCCCUGCAGAGCCGCCUGGCCGCUCUCACUGAGGAGCGAGAUCAGCUCCAGGAGAUAGUGGAGGGGCUGAGGGAGGAGAAGAAGGAGCUCCGGGCACAGCUGGAGGAAAAGAUUGAAAUGAUGCAGUGUGAUUUCCAGCAGCAGCAGCUCUUCUCAGGAGCGGAUCCUCUGAAAGACCAGCAGAUCCAGCAGCUGGAGGUGGCUGAGGAGGAGAGCAACCAGAUCAGGUCUCUACUUCAGGUGAAAGAAGAGCUGAUCCUAAAGAAGCAGGAAGAGGUCAACAUGUUAAGACGGAGCAGCCAACUAAUGGAAGAGGAGAUGAUGGAUCUAAAGAGUCAGAUGUUGGAGCUGAAGAGCAGCAGAGACAUGGAGAAGCAGGAGCUGGAGUGUCUGAAAGUGGAGAGAGAGCGUCUGGUGGCUGAGAUGGCCGCUGUGACGGAGCAGCAGGAGACGCUGAAGGGCCGACUGACGGCUCUCAGUCAGGAUCGGGAUCAGUUGGAGGGACUGCUGAGUGAGAGCCAGGAGCGUGGAGCACAGCUGCAGAGACGAACUGAAGCAUUGGAAGCUGAGAUUGGGGAGCUGAACAGAUCUGUACUGACCGUCACUGAGCAGAAGAGGCAGUUGGAGGAGGAGCUACAGCACCUGCUAGAAAAGGCGUCAUCUACAGAAGAGCUUCUGAAGGCAGCCAGAGACGACCUGGUUGAACAAAUGAACCUAAACUCUGAGCUGAAGAACACCAGUGAAGAAAAGAUUUGCUCUUUGGACCAAAAGAUAAUGGAUUUGGCUCAACAGUUAGAAAUCAUUGAAGCUCAGAGAAACUCUCUAGAGUCUGAAAAAGAGAUUACUCUUCAGAAGCACAAAGAGGAGGUGGAGAAGCUGCAGUCUAGCCUGGCUGCUGUCCGUCAGGAAGGAGAGCAGCUGCAGGACGUCCUGCUGGAGCUGAGGGAGGAGAAGGAGCAGCUUGGAGCAAAGCUGCAGGAAAACAUCCACAUGAUGUCAGCCGUCCAGGAGAAGCUCACCCAGCAGGAGCUGCUGACUGCGCAGAAGCAAACAGAGAAAGACCAACAAGAGGCCAGAUUUCAGCAACAAUUGCAGUCCCUCCAGAAGGAGCUGCAGGAGCAGCAGGAGGGCAAAGCUGAAGCCUCCCAGCAGGGAUCCAUUGGAACGUUUACAGAGACAUGCUUGAAGUAUGACUCUGAAGGCCUGGUGGAGGUUCUGAGGUCACAUUGCUCCUUACAGUCUUACCUGAACAAUGUGUCCAAAUCUGCACUGGAUUCCUACGGUGACGUUUGUCUGCUGGGAUGUCAGACUUCUCACAGUUUCAUCACCAUUAUGGAACUCCUCAGAGCGCACGUGUCUGGCUAUGUGAGUGUGCUUGGGGCAGUGGUGGACAAAGACCUGGACAUUUUUGAGGAAAGACGGAUUCAUGACUUGCUGCUUUCCAAAGUUCAUAAUCCCAGAAACUCCGACAAUUACGAGGAAUUCCACCCGCUGUGGAACCAGAGACUCGCUGAGCUCCUGGAACGACAUCAGCUCUACAAACAGAAAAUGGCGAGUAUUUCUGAGGCGCUCUGGGCCAAGCUGACCUCAUUUCUCUCGGUGCUGAGCGCUGAAACCCAGGAGAGGAUCAGAUUUAAUGAGGCGCUUCAGGCGGCCGUCACUCCGCCUGUUCUCAGUGAGCUGGAGCGUGUUCUCAUCCAGGAAGCUGAACGUAGACGCUCCAGUCACCAAAACGUCAAGAUGCUUCUACAGUCCAUCAGUGAUGAGCAGAAUCAGAACCUAACAGAGCUGAAGCAGCUGGAUGCAGAGAGGGAUGUUCAGCUUAGAGAAGAGGGAGAGAGAAAUUCAGCUCUGCUGAAGGAGCUGCACCAAACCAACACCAGGUCCCUGAUAACACAGCUGUCCACAGCUCUUCCUGAACAAGUGGGAAAGCUGGAGGAAGAGUCUAACACUAAACCCAGAAACACUGAGUCCAACCAGAAACAGGCCAUUCAGCUCCUACAGACUGAACUGCAGGACACCCGGGCAGCUUUACUGGAAAAGGAAAACACAAUCCUGAAGCUAAAGGACAAACUACAAGAGUCUGAAAAGAAAGCGUCGCCCAGUGCAGCUGAGCUGGAGAACCUGCGGAGCAAGCUGUUUGACAUGGAGCUGAAGAUGGCCUCAGCCACUGAAGAACACCAGCAAGAGUUACAGAAGAUGCAGGUGGUGCUGAAAGUAAAGGAAGAGUCUCUGAGGAAGCUAAAGCAGGACCUGAGAUCACAGCAGCAGGGCGACGAGUCCUUCCUGACAGGUAAGGAGCUUCAUGCUCGGCUCACCAACCCCAGAGGAACCAUGAUCCACAGCAGCAUUCUGCUGGAAAAGACCAAGCUGGAAGAAGACGUCAAACGGCUUCAGCUGAGGAUCCCAGAGCUGGAAAGCUUGGUUUGCAGCCUGCAGGCUGAGACUAAUAAGUGGAAGAACAGAGCCAUCAGUCUCAAAGGGAAGAGUAAAGCGGAGCCAGACAAGCAACCCUCCACCUGUACCCCUAAGAAGAGGGACCUCCCUACGACCACAGACUCUGCCUUGGUUUUUAGCUCACCUAAGAAAAGUUGUCUUCCUGCCAAGAAAUUUCUGGACUUGCCUCUGAAGGCAGUGGGGUCUCCAGGGAAAGCUCCGCUGCUGCCUUCAAACGUGCUGCUGGAUUCUCCAAAAAGCAGCUUCUUUGACGGAAGUGGAACCACAGAGCUGCUGUCUAAAACCUGCCCAAAGCAGUUCUUUGACAACUCUGACCUGGGAAUCCAGCCAGAUGCAGGAGCUGAAACCGAUUCAUGGCGCUACAAACUCAAGGAGGAAGACUACUGCGGGGUGCAGUAGUCAGUCUAAAACUACACUUCCUAAUGUCUUUUAAUGUUUAAUUGUUAAUAAAAAUGCUAACUAGCA